AUGCGCCGAACUGCCGAAGGAGCCGCAGUUGCUGGAUCGAGUGGAGACGGAGACGCGCGAGCCACCGGCCGGAGUCAACGCACUGAGCACGGUCGACGGCAGCAACAGCAAGUGAUCAACGUGAGUGUGAUGGCAGAACAAAGUUCUCGUAUUUCGCAUUCAGACACCUCCCCUUACAACGCUUCAAACUUGGAGAAGGACAGUCAUGAUGGGCAACAGCUCCCCGACCAGCAGCAGAAGGAGACGACCGAGGCUGAGAAGAAUACAGAAAAUGCCAAGAAAAGGAAGGAAAUGGCUCCACGGUCGGAAGUUUGGAAUCAUUUUAGCAAGGAAGUAAAUGCCACGACAGCAACAUGCAACUAUUGCAAAAGUGAGCUUGCUUGUGGUUCUAAAAGGAAUGGUACAUCAUCCUUGUUGAAGCAUUUGACAACCUGCAAGAGAAAUCCUCAUAGCAACAAGGAUGACAAGCAACCAACUCUACAAGCUACUCCGAAUCAGGGGGAUGCUAGUAAGUGUUCACUCACUACCUGGAGAUUUGAUCAGGAUAAGCUUAGAGAUGCUUUGGCUGAAAUGGUAAUUGUGGAUGAGCUUCCGUUUGCAUUUGUUGAGAAGCCAGGAUUUAGAAGGUUUGUGGCAAAGGCUUGUCCUCGUUUCAAUGUCCCAUCCAGGAGGACGGUUACUAGAGAUUGUGUCCGCAUUCAUUAUAGGGAGAAAGUCAAGCUAAAGAAAUUCUUCAAAGAAUCUUGUGAAAGAGUUUGUGUAACUACCGACACAUGGACAUCUUCCCAAAAGCAGAAUUUUAUGUGUGUGACAGCCCAUUUUAUUGACAAUGACUGGGUUCUGCAUAAGUGGAUCAUUGGGUUUUUCUUGGUGAGGGGUCAUAAGGGGGAAGACAUUGGGAAGGACCUGGAGAAGUGUUUGGUUGAGUGGGGCAUAGAUAAGGUGUUUUCAGUAACAGUUGACAAUGCCUCACCAAAUGAUGGAGCAGUAAGCUACAUAAAGAGGAUCAUGAACAGUGCCAAUGCAAGCAUAGGGAGAGGAGAAUAUAUGCACAUGAGAUGUGCUGCUCACAUUCUGAACUUGAUAGUUACCGAUGGGCUAAAAGAGUUGGAUAUCUCGGUGAAGCGAGUCCGUGCUGCAGUCAAGUUUGUUAAGAAUUCUCCAGCUAGAAUUACUAAGUUCAAGAAGUGUGCUGAAUUAGAGAAGUUGGCAAAUAAAGGUUUCUUGUCACUUGAUGUAUGCACUAGAUGGAACUCCACAUUCUUAAUGCUGAAAGCUGCAGCCACAUAUGAGAAGGUGUUCGUGAGGUAUGAAGAAGAGGACCCAUACUUUGCAAUUGAGCUAAAUGGCGACAAAAUGCCAGGAGUGCCUCAACCAGAAGAUUGGGAUAAUGCUUCAAAGAUGGCAGAGUUUCUUGAGCAUUUCUAUAAGCUUACCCUUCGUGUUUCAGCCUCAAAUCAUUGCACAUCUCACAUCUUCUUCCAUCAAAUUGCUGAUAUCAUUGUCUUGCUGAGGGCUUGGUGUGGAAGUGGAGACCCUUUGCGGAGAGAGAUGGGAGAAAGGAUGCUGGACAAGUACAACAAGUAUUGGGCAGAUCACAAGAGCUUCAACAUCUUGAUCUUUGUGGCUGUUGCUCUUGAUCCAAGAUACAAGUUGUCAAAUUACAUCAAGAUUGCAACUUUUGAAAUGUUUGGGCAGAUCAAUGGAGAGGAAGUGUGGACAAAAAUGAAUACAACUCUUACAAAUCUGUUCCAAGAGUAUUUUAAGUUAUAUGGUCCAACUGAGCAAGAAGUGCAGCCUGAUGAUGCACCUAGCUUUGAAGAGGACAGCAGCGAAAGCUUGAUGAGUUCCUUGAUUGCAAAGAGAAUGAGAAUGAAUGACUGUGGAAUCAGCAUUAGCCCUUCGAAGUCUGAACUUGAAAAGUAUCUUACAGAGGAUAAUGAAGCAAACAGCAGCAAAUUCAACAUUCUUGAGUGGUGGAAGGUCAACUCAUCUAGAUUCCCUGUGCUAUCACGUUUAGCUCGUGAUGUCCUAGCUUUCCCGAUAUCUACAGUCGCAUCAGAGUCAGCUUUUAGCACCGGUGGACGCAUUCUUGAUGAGUUCCGAAGCUCGCUCACUCCAUUCAUGGUGCAGGCACUAAUUUGUACUCAGGAUUGGUUGCGAAGAGAAAUUCCUGUUAACAAUGAAGAGAAUGAAGAGCUACUUGCCAACCUAGAGGAUGCGAUACUUCAAGAAUUGUCUGAUCUGAGCGUUGCUAAUGCUAAGUCCGGUACAAGUGCUGGUGUCCACAUCACCAUUGAUGACAUCGAAUCAUAA